AUGUGUUGGCGGCCUCAUAACGAACGGCGUCUUUGUUGUUUUGGUAUUUUCAUAUAUAUAUAUUACGAAAGUUUUAAGGGUUUCGACGCUGUUCAUCGGUGUGUCUCAGCAUCUAUGCAAUCUCCUGUUAUCCCAGGCAACGUCAAGUUGAUAGAGAAAUGGUACAAUAUCCCUUUAACAUGGCUGGCUUUGUGAUUUCCUUUUAGCUCUUCUGCUGAAUGGGUUGUCAAGACUGGCAGGAUGGAGCACACGAGGGACAUUGUGGACGAGUCCUUCCCGUACCUCAGUGAUCAGUCCUCUCUGGCAGACCUAACCAUCAACCCCACGCUAGGAACACCUGUUGCUGUCUCCACAGUGGCAAAAAUAAGAACUGCUGUUGACAACAGAAGAGCAGAUGAUCAUACCUCUACCUUGGAAAGUCAAGACGGUUCAAGACAGAAUUGCAGCUCAGGGGAGGAGGGGCCCACAUUUCAGCUUAGCUUUAAAGAUGACUUAGGUGAUGCGGAGGACUUUUUGGCUGCUAAGUGUUUAUCAGGCAAGCUGAUGAAGGGCAGCUCAGAGGAGGCUGCAUCAAAGCCCAUCAGAGUUUCCAUGACUGCAUUCUCAGCUGGACUACUGAAUUUCACAAACAUCUCACAGAACGAUAUUGAUCUUGAGGCUUUUGAUAAUUUAUCAACUUUCCAGUGGGAGGAGCCAAGUCUGGACACAACUGGGGACUCUGCCUCUACACUGCAGGCUGACCAGAGCAGCCUGCACCUCCCUGCUGGGAACCCACCUGUGGAAGAGGAUAGGGAGGAUGAUCCUGGUGGUAUAUGCAUUCAACAAGAACGAAACAGAGAGGCCACUGUUGUUUGCAACAACAGCUCAAGUGACGACAAUUCUGAAGGCCCCUCGUUGGAUGUCAAGUAUUUCUGCCAAAGCUUUAAUGAGGAGGAGGCAGAGGCUGAAAGCUGGAACCAUUUCCCCGAGGACCUGGACUUCCAUCAAGGUGGUGAAGAAGGGAACCAGAGUGUUGUGUACCAAAAUGAGGAGGGCCAGUGGGUUACGGAUUUGGCCUACUACUCCUCAUUUCAAAAAGAAAUUGAAAGCCAUCCUACCAAGGAAGUGAGCAGCCAGUUUCAAAAAGAGGACUUUUGCUCAGGAAGUAAAGCCAUGAACAAAAUAGCAGAGGACCAAGAGGAGUUUGAGAAGGAGCACAGGUUCAUUCAGGAGGAUCAGAUGCAGGUCAAUAACAGUGUGAACAUGGCAGACUCCUCUUGGCGCCUUGGCACCAGUUCCCAUGUCCUCAUGAGAGCUAGCCAGAUCUCCUCGGAGCUCUCCAGUGGCAGUCCCAGCUAUCUGCGGCUGUCACUAGGGGAGUUCUUCCAGCAACGCUCGGAGGCCCUCGGUUGUCUUGGGAGUGAAGAGGAUGAAGUUAAACGGCCCUCCUUCGGUUACAUCAUUACAUCACCGGAGAGGAGGGAGCCUUUCCCUCUGAUUCGGCCCUCCGACAUCUCCUCGCGGGACAGCCCUGCUCUCCGUGACACCGUUGCUCUCAGUGACCCAGAUGAGCCCAUGAACGCAGAGGACUUGGAGAAGACCCUCAAUGACAAUAUUGACCGAACACUGACUGAACCCGAUGGUCAGUUGGCACCUCCCGACAAACAGAAUGAAAAAGCUUUGAAUCACACAAUCCUGUUGGAAAAGAAUGACGAACAAAUGGCAGACACGGUGUGUGAAGUAGAUUCACCCGGAACCGCCAAUACCAACAUAGACCUGAGCAUCAGCACGAUCGCCUCUGCGAUUGCAAACGCGUCUCUCAGCUCGGAUCCGGCACAGCUGGCUGCCAUGAUCAUCCGCCUAUCUCAGAGGAGCCACGUAAAGGGUGAAAAAGAGAACCAAGAUGCCAAGAGGCUCUCACUGGAUCAAAAAAGUGUAAUUCCUGCCACCGCUGUUGUGGCGGUGGAGACAGCCGGGGACAUGAGUGUUGUGUCUGAUAUGGAGAAAUACUUGCAUAGAGUCGAACUGUCCGGGAGCGAAAGUGAAAUGCACGCUUCCCAGUCUUGCGUGGACAUCCUCGGUUUCAUGAACGCCUCCCAUGACCUCUCCCAAAAGACAGCUGGACCUCUUUGUAAAAGCGAUGCGGAAUCUGGGUAUGAAAAUUCAGUGGAUAUUGAAAAGUUCUCAAAUACAGAGCGGACACGGAGCUUUUCUUCUUCGCCGACUUUGCCUUCUUUUGUACCAUCAGGCAGUUUAGACAAUCUGGCUGCAGUCUGUCAGUUGGAUGAAGGCAAUGGAGUUACCGGUAUUCCUCAAUCUAAAGUUGACCAAUUUUCCGGUCUUUUGCAAGUGGCUAGUCCUCGCAACAGGAACUUCACAAAGUCUGGAGAGUUGUCUUCCCUCCACUCUGAACUCAGGUCAAGUCCAAAGUUGGUACAGCCACACAUGAAGCAAGUGGAUACAGACAGCUGUACGAAUAGCAGUGAGGGAAGUGCUACUGUGAAAUUCAGGGACGCCACUUCUUCCUGGGGUACUGAAGAAUCUUUAAAAGCAGAGAUCAUGUCCCCCCAUGAACACACCACCCCGCCAGUGCAUACCCAGUCCUUCAGGCCGUCCACUUUCCCUCUCACCCACUCAAGCCCCAGUCAGACCUCCCUCCAAACUAGAGAGGGGGUUCUGUCCCCUGUGCCAUCAGAGGAACUUGUGAAGAGCACCUUUGUGGAUUCGUCCUCUCCUGAAUCACAGCACUCCGACCUCAGCCUGAGCAGGUUGACCUACCUCUCCAUUAAUGAUGGCCACAGUGUUCUGGAUCACAAGAAGAACGUCACCAUGGAGCUGAGCACUACCAUCAUUAGGGCCAGCCCGACACCUGAGGAAGAAAAGGGGACUCAUCAGAGACAGGACUUGGAAGACAUUCCUGAGGAGUCUAGUAGUAGAAACUCUGUUGACUCAUUGACAAGCGGCAAAGCUUACAGCCUGGACCACCACCAUCACCACAGUGAAGAUGGUCACCACUUGGACGUCCAGAGGUCCAAAGACUUGAAAGUUGACAAGUUCGCAAUAACACCAGCCUGCUCAGAGCUUCAUAAGCAGUGUGGCGGCUAUGUCAGUAACUAUGGCUGCAUGAGCAGCAACCACAACCUCCAGAGCCACCUGGCAGUCAGCACGGAUGUCGGUUUCUUGAGGCCAUCUUAUCCCAAGCCUUGGCAUGUAGCUCCUGGCGGCCCUGGUGUGGCCCAAUGUGCUGCUCGUACCUCUCCAGCAUAUAGCAACACACCUGACCUCUGCUAUGCUCCUCCGAUGACCAACUAUGGGACCCAUGCUCCGCCGUUGCGCGUUGACCACCCGCACUCGAUGCCUGCUGGUCUUUCAAGAGGUGUGGACUCUCUCUUUAGUGUGAACUCUGGUCCCCAGCCGUGUAUGGAUGGAGAUCUCAUACCCCCACUUUUGACAGACUAUUUAGGUGGGGGUUGUGGUGGUGCUGGUGGCGCCCAUCCUCUGUUGCCCGCUGCCUUAUCCAGUGCCCAUUUCAACUCCACACAUCAGUGCUGCAGAAAACCCUACGGCCAACAACACCACUCCCAGUGGCUGUCCACAGACUUCACUGGAGUGGUUGUGCCUGAUGAGCUCAAAUUCCCAAGUCCUUGUUGUGUGGGCAUCGCCUCCCAGGUGCCCCUGAGUAUAUUUAACCCCUCUGACCGAUGGCUGCAGGUCAGCAUCUCCGUAUCUACUCUGUCCAUUGACGGCCAACAGGUGGAUAUCACCCCUUACCAGUGGCUCGUUGUGAAGAACAAGAUUGUUGUCUGUCCAAAAAGCACAGAAGAACAGAAAGUCCUGUUUAUUCCUCCCCAAGCUGGCGUAUACAGGUGCACACUGCAUGUGUGGUCAUGGCCAGCUUCAGCUGAACCAGAGGUGGCCCCAGCCAUGGGCUCUUCCAAACACGUAUUCUUCACCGGGGUGGCUGAGAACCCGACUAUAGAGUUGGAUAUUGGUAAGGCUGGAUGCCUCCACUUUGGAGACCUACCGAGCGGCAGUUCCAAAACCCUCCCUCUCAGACUAAUCAACAGGACCCACGCUGUGGUGCCCAUCCGACUCGUCAUGAAUGCUAAUCCGUCCGUUUUGCGCUGUUUCACCUUCUCCAAGAGCCCGAUUGCAGAUGGAGCAACUCAUCCCACUAACCUCAGGCCUGUCCCAUCAGUUGUCAACUAUGUGUUACGUGCCAAUGAUGGAGAGAAGCCUGAAGUUUUGAUGAUUUGGGUUCAUUUUCAGGCACCACAGUUGUACACUUCUACUACAGGAGAGCUCUGGCCUGCAGAUGAGUUUCCUGCCCAGAUUAAUGUGGAGGUGGACCGACCGGGUCCCAGCUGUGUAAUCCAGAGUGUUGCACUGAAGGCACGCUCAGGAGUAGCUCGAGUGCAUGCCCCAAGACAUUUACAGACUGUGACUCUUCAUGCACCACUGGGCCAGUCGGUUCAACAGACUUUACCCUUGAAAAAUGCUGGGAGCAUUGACGUGCAGCUCCGUCUGAAGUGCAGUGACAGUUUUUCUGUCAAACCAAGCGAGCUCAUGUUGUGUGUCGGAGAGGAGCAAGGAAUUGUGGUAUCUUUCGCACCGAAGGAAAAGCAAAAAUGUGAUGAAAGUGUACUCACCAUCCUCGUGCUGCCCUCUGGUCCCCAAUAUGAAGUUGUUCUGAAAGGAGAGGUGGUGCUAGAUGCCAACACAAAGCCCGUCCUUCCUUCCUCCUCUGCGGCCUCUCAGUGCCAGGUGCCGCCAAUUCUCUCCAACAAGCAAUUUAUUGCCUGGGGAGGAGUCACCCUUGGGAUGGCCAUGCAACAGAAGCUGGUGCUUCGCAAUAACUCAACCAGCAUGUCGCAGCAGCUGCGGCUACUGAUUAGGGGGCAGGACCAGGACUGCUUUCAGCUUCAGAGCUCAUUUGGGCCAGAGGAGAGGCUCAGUCAUGUACGAGAACUGACCAUUCGGCCUAAGGAGGAUGCGACGGUGCAUCUGUUGUUCACCCCCUCUCGUGUGGCGUGCAUGCUGGCUAAACUGGAGAUUAAACAGUCCUCAUUGAAGUCAUCACAGCCUGGAAUUAAAUUUACUAUUCCCUUAUCAGGCUAUGGUGGCACCAGUAAUAUCAUCCUGGAAGACCUGGAGAAGUUUUCUGAGGGAUACGUCAGCACUUUGACAGGAGUUCGGGUCGGCAGCAUCAGUAAAUUAUGCGUGUGCGUGCGGAACACGGGUUCUCGAGCUGCCUACGUGAGAGCUGUCGUCUACACAGACCCACAGCUGUCUCAGUUUGCAGAGACCACCAUCUUCAGCCUGGCACCGGCCCAGUUUGUUCUCAAGGAGCGAUCCAAGGAGGUCAUAACCGUGCUUCUUAAGACCACUGCCCGGGAGCAGGCCCUUUGCCAGUCCAAGCCCCCAGUUCUUGCCACUGUUUGCCUGUUCUGUGGAGAUGAGAUUUCACGACAACGAUACAAAAGAUUCCAGAAAAGCAAGCCUCUCGCUGGUCAGAAGAUCAUCUCUGACUAUUCUAAGUUGAAGGAUCUCUGUUUUGAUGAGGUUUUCCUUGGUGAAGAUGACAUUAACGAAGUGUGUGACCUGCCCCAAAGGCCCAGUGAGGGGCAGAUGUUCUUCAGCGGCAUGAAGAGGGUGAUGCUGACGCUACUAGGCUCUGCAGACUCGGGCAACCAGAUGCAAUACCUGGAAACGUCACUGGGCCAUGGAACCACGGAGUCACAGGGUGCAUUAGAGGCCACCUCGGACGGUCAGUCGAGCCACGUGUCUCUGGACGUCCUGCCAGUGAAAGGCCCUCCUCUUGAGGUGAAGGAGUCUCCUGUCGUGGCCGUGGAACAGCGGCGUGCCUCCUGGAGCAUUAAACCCGAGCAGGUGGUGCUGAGAGCACCCGCCAUUGGUGGUGAUACUGACACAUGCCAGCUUCAGCUUAUUAACCAUUUGGGAUUUGAGCUCAGUUUCGAGUUGUCUUGGCCAGCUCACUGUUUGGUAAUCACCCCGCAGAAUGGAGUAAUCGAACCAGAGGGUUAUGUGUCCAUCCACGUGAGCCCCAACCCCUGCCUGGUGUCCAAGCCCCUGCAGCUCCCGUGGCAUGGGGUCGUCUAUGUCCUCUGUGAUGGACAACAGAAGUUUGUUAAGGUGCAGAUUCAACAGUACUCGUCCAAAGGUGCGAGCGUGUCUGCUUUAUCGGACAAGUUGCCCUUGUCUACUCUUACAAAAGCAGAGAUGGGUGCUUUCUCUCUGGCCAAAAAACAACCAAAAACUGGCGCUUGUUCUCAACUUGAGAUUGCGAACAGCAAUCUCUUUUUUCCAGUCACACCCUGCGGAGAGAGCACAGAAUGCUUUCUGAAGGUGGAGAACCGAGGGGAGGAAGUUAGAUGGUACCUUUCUUCUCUCGCCCCUCCCUAUGUCAAGGGCGUUGAUGACACUGAAGAUGUUUUCCAUGCAAACUAUUCAGCGUUUCGAUGCCCUAAAGUGUUUGGUGUGCUGGGAACACAGACAAACAUGCAGGUGCCCUUCACCUUCAUCCCGCGUGAGGAGGGCGUUUACGCUCAGCUCUGGGACCUGGAGUGCCACCCCGUGGAUAAGCAGCACCAGAAGAGCCGCCUCCGCUUCCAGCUCUGUGGCACGGCAGUGAAAACUGCAUCAGGUGCUUCUGUACCCGAGGCUGAUCCAAUCCUGCCACCAGCGGAAGCUUCCACUCAGGUCAACAAGAGACCAGAUCUGAUGACACCAAAGACCGUGUCAGAAGAGUCUCUCAAAAGAGGGGUCUACGCGCCGCAGGACCUCUACACCUUCCCCGUCACACGACUGGGCCAGGCCCACACGCUGAAGGUCAACUUCAGGAACAACUCCUUUGACACAUACGAGCUAACGUUCAUCAGCCCCAAGGCACCGUUCCACAUCAAACAUAAGAAGUAUUCGCUGAGAUCGCAACAUUACAUCAACCUUCCGGUCCAGUUCAAGCCCACAGCCCCAGGGUCCCAUGUAGGCUUCCUCGGUGUCCAAGUUGGAGCAGGCGCCAGACUCACCAUUCAACUUGUUGGGGAAGCAAGUAGCUGACACUGCUGUUUACUACUUAUAAUGUUUGGGAACACAUUACUUGAUGCUGGUGUCAUGCCUAUGACAUAACAGUGUCAUAGCAAUGACGUAAAAGUCAUGUAUGUGUCAUAAACAUUGUCAAUGUCAUAAACAUCACUUUAUCAUUAAGUGACAUAUUAAUGUUUAAGACAGCCCCAACAAUGUCAACUUUUUAUGACCAUAAAACGUUUGUUUAUGACUCGUGCAUGACACAGUUUUGACACUGACACCGUUAUGUCCUGCGUAUGACGGCAGCGUCAAGUAAAUCAUAAUCUAAUGUUUUCUGGAAUUUGUAUCACUGACUAUUACGAGAAACGUUAUUAUGCACUAGAGUAUAUUAUGACAUUGAAAUAAUUUGUAUUCACCAUAAGCCAUUGGAAGCUGAAGACAUGGUUGAACAUCAUAUAUAUAUAUAUAUUUUUUUUUAAAUCAUUGUGAAUUCCUGAUACAAGGAAUAAAUAAUUAAAUCUAAGUCUGGAUUUGUGCAUCACAUAUAUUGACUAAAGAAUUCUUAUUGAAGAAUUUAUACUAGUGGUUGUGUAGCAUUUUGGAGCAUUGUUUUGUUGUUUUUGUUGUAUAUUGAUGUUUGUGAUUAAAUUCUGAUUAAAUUUC